CGCUCAGCAUCGCAAUCUUUGACAGAGGAAGGAAAAAGGAAAAGCGACGAGAUCCCCUCCCCACGAAGACAUGAGCGCACAGUCCACGUUCUCGCAGACGCCAUCCUAUCGGGUGCGUCUCUCCAGCACAAAGGAAGUGGCGGCCGAAGAAGCUCUUGUCUACGAAGAACUGAAGCGGACCAUCACUCUACUCGAAACGGUGGUCAAAACCAACGCCAAGGAGAAAAUCCCACGCAUCCUCCGUACCACCAGCAAGCUGCGCAAGACUCUUUCCGUGGCGCAGCUACAGCAGGCAGUGGAGCAACUGCUACCCUCCCAGAACGUGUCCAAGCCCGUGUUGCUGGCGUUGCUGGCCAAGAUCGAGAACAAGGCUCAAGCUGCUGUUAAUGAGGCUCAGGCCUCCGCAUCCAAGGACCAGGAUGUGGAGAUGACGGACGCAUCGUCGUCCGAGGUGGAGGCUGGUACUUCAACUCCGGCCACUGUGGUGCUACCUGUGGUGGACCUCAUUGAAGUGGAGAUCUAUUUGUUCUUGUACGUUCUUGCAGCUCUGAUGAAGUACAAGUUGAACCAGGAGGCGCUGGAAACGGUGGACAAAGUGGUGGCUCGCUGCCAGCAGUUCAAUCGCCGCACACUGGACUUGUUCCAGGCCAAAGUGUUCACGUACUACUCCAAUAUCCACGAACAGUUCGGCCACGACCUACCCGCUAUCCGUAACACUCUGCUGAGCGCCCACCGCACGGCAUGUCUGCGUUAUGACGAGGCUGGCCAGGCCACACUGAUCAGCCUGCUGCUGCGCAACUACCUGAAGGACAACAUGUACGAACAGGCCUAUAAGUUCGUUAGCAAGACGACGUUCCCCGAGUCAGUGUCGAACAACCAGUUUGUGCGCUAUCUCUAUUACGUGGGCAAGAUCCAAGCCGUGCAGCUCGAGUACACUGAGUCGUACACGAAACUGAUGCAGUCCAUCCGCAAGGCCCCAGCUAACACGGCAUUCGGCUUCCGGCGCACAGUGUACAAGCUCGCAAUUAUUGUGCAGUUGCUCAUGGGCGAGGUGCCUGAGCGCAAUGUGUUCAACCAGGACGAGCUCCGCAAGGCUCUGGCACCGUACCUGCAACUCACGAAUGUAGGUGUGCUGAACGAUAUGGGCUUGUGGACGCCAUUUAAUUUGUGUUGUCUUUUUUUUUUAAUGUGAUCAGGCCGUCCGUGUGGGUAACCUGGAAGACUUUAACGUGGUUUUAUCGCAACAUGGAGCGGUCUUCAAGGCCGACAAUACUUACACGCUGAUCCUUCGCUUGCGCCACAACGUCAUCAAGACGGGUCUGCGCAAGAUCAGCACUUCGUACUCGCGGAUCCUGUUCACAGACAUCUGCGAGAAGCUCGCGCUGGAGAACGCACAGAACGCCGAGUUCGUGUGCGCCAAGGCGAUUCGGGACGGCGUGAUUGACGCCGUGAUCGACCAUGAGAACGGCUGGCUGCAGCUGAAGGAGACUGUCAACGUGUACACGACUAACGACCCGCAGACGGCUUUCCAGAGGCGUAUCACGUUCUGUCUAGACGUGCACAACGAAGCUGUCAAGGCUAUGCGUUAUCCACCGGAUGCCUACAAGAAAGACCUUGAGAGCGCCGAAGAGCGUCUCGAACGCGAAAAGCAAGAGGAGGAGCUCGCCAAGGAAAUUGAGGACGAGAUGGACGAAGGGCUUUAAAUCGGAUGAUGCUAGCUAUCCGCAGUGGCUGCUGCUGACAGAUACAAGUAACUGCAGUUAUUUCGUUCGAAGCUAGAAUAGAGAGCUUGUACCGCUCUCACCGAUAAGGGAUCGAAAGCAAGAAACCUCUUACCGCACAUCCAAACAUUGAAAAGAGCAGCAGCGACGAUAUUCAUGGCAUUAAAUUUUCACCAACUCAGAGGAAAGAGUUGACCUCGAGCGGACGAACACACGAGUGCAUUUCCUUGACAUGGUCUUGUUACAGUUCGCUCACUCGAUGGUGUAUUAGCUUCCUGCUCCCCAUCCAUCUGUCCUUCUCUGUUCAUUUCUUCUGGGCCCAAAGCGGUGCCUGGUAGCGGUCCGAGUGGUACGGCGACUGCCCGGCCACCCAGCCAGGCACGUUCUUCAUGACCUGGCGCUCCUUCUCCAAAAUGUGCUUCUCUUGUUCCAGGUACUCGACAUCCGCCUCCGCCUGCAGGAACGGUAGCAGCGCAAUACGGUUCUCGCGCUCCUCCUUGGCCACUUCGCGGUGGUGCUUGUUGUGCUGGCCCACCAUGUAGUAGCCCACGGACGUGACGAGGAACGUACCGAGGAAGAGCGACCAUCCCGGUGGUCCGCGCGUUGCGGGGCCGUUCUUGACGAACUUGACGGGCUUGAAGCCGCCCGGCGGCGGCAUCUCCUGGUUGGGCGUACGGAAGUCGGGCGUGGCCAUGGCUGCGUUGAUCACUCGGGCACUCGGGUCGGGCGGCGGUGGCUCCUGUUGCUACGCUAUCGGCAGCUUGGCUUCUCGACCUCAAGUUGUGUUGGCCUAGGGGGACCGUCGUACAACAUUAUCUACUUCCUGUC